AUGGUGUUGUCAAAACAUGAAAGCCCGAUUUAUGACAUCAAGAUCUCUACUGUUGGACCAGGGCGCGUAUCUGGUCAUGGUGUGGUUCAAGAGCUAACUGGCAUGGACUUAGCCAUGAAGCUUCACUACCUCAAAACCGUUUACUAUUUCAGAAGCCCAGCAUUCGAAGGGUUAACCAUCAUCAACAUUAAGGAAACCUUGUUCAAUUGGACAUGUCAUGCCUUUGUCCCUUGUGGUCGUUUAAGGAGGGAUGACUCAGGUCGACCUUAUAUCAAGUGCAAUGAUUGUGGGGUUCGGUUGAUCGAGGCUCGGUGCAAAAUGAGCCUUGAUGAGUGGCUUGAGUCAAAAGAUGACUCAAAAUACAAGCUUCUUGUCACUAACCAAGUCCUUGGUCCCGAUUUGCCUUUCUCUCCACUAGUUUUAAUGCAGGUAAUGUGA